GGCCCUGGACCAGACUGUGUCAUUCUGGAAGCUUCCCGACAGCCACGGUUAGUGUCCAAAUCUGAGAGGAUGGCUUCAGAUGGAGCAUCUCCACUGUCGGGACCGGACAUGACCAUGAAAGCUGGUGUGGCCCUGUCUCCUUUCACUGCACUUCCCUUUCCCCAAUCUGCUCCUGGCCCACCAGACCAGCCACCCUGGGAGCCGCCUCUGCAGCCUCCCAUGCCUUCAGCAUUCUCUCCAGGCAACCCUCUGGUGCUCUCCACUCUCCCCAGCCCAUUGCUGGUGACAGGGGAUGGGGGCCCUGGCCCCACUGGGGCUGGAGUCAUUGUCAAAGUCAAGACAGAAGGGGGGCAAGCUGAGCCCUCUCAAACUCAGAACUUCAUCCUUACUCAGCCAGCCCUCAACUGGAUUGCCUCAGGCACUCCCUGUGGGGCCCCUGAGGGUCCUCCCCCUCGAUUCAUGACAGCUUCUAACAUGAAGACCCUUCUGCCCACUAAGGCCAUUGGGAUGAGCCAGGAGGGCCUCCCAGGCCUUCCUGCUCAGGCUCUACCACCAGCUGCCCAAAUGGCCUCCAUUGUGCCCCCAAAAAAGGCUUGGCCAGGGCUACAUGGGGCAACCGGAGAAGGAGGUCCAUUGGCUGCCCAAUCUAAGCCCGCCCUGGGCGACCUCUCCUACACCUCCAAAGGUGUUUAUGAGAACUUCCGACGCUGGCAGCGCUACAAAGCCUUGGCUCGGAGGCACUUGUCUCAAAGUCCUGAUGCAGAAGCCCUUUCCUGCUUUCUUAUCCCAGUGCUUCGCUCCCUGGCCCGGCUGAAGCCCACUAUGACUCUGGAGGAGGGACUUCCAAGGGCUGUGCAGGAAUGGGAGCACACCAGCAACUUUGACCGGAUGAUCUUUUAUGAGAUGGCAGAAAAGUUCAUGGAAUUUGAGGCUGAGGAGGAGAUGCAGAUUCAGAACACACAGCUGACGAAUGGGUCCCAGGGCCUACUUCCUGCAGCGCCUCUGAAACUUGACCCUCCAGGGCUCCCGGCCACUGAGGUUAGCCAGCAGCCAGUGUACAUUCCCAAAAAGGUGGCCUCCAAGGCACGGGCCCCCCGCCGGCGGCAGCGCAAAACGCAGAGGCCUCCGGUUCCUGAGGCCCCCAAGGAGGUCCCACCAGAAGCUGUGAAGGAGUAUGCUGACAUCAUGGAAGGGCUGGUGGGGAGUCAGUUGGCCAUCGGGGAGGCAGAUGGAAAACAGGAAGAGGAAGAAGAGCAGCAGCAGCAGGAGGAAGCAAUGUAUCCAGAUCCAGGCCUCCUAAGCUACAUCGAUGAGCUUUGUUCUCAGGAGGUCUUUGUCUCCAAGGUGGAGGCCAUCAUUCAUCCUCAGUUUCUGGCAGAUCUGCUGUCCCCAGAACAGCAGAGGGAUCCAUUGGCCUUAAUUGAGGAGCUGGAGCAAGAGGAAGGACUCAGUCUUGCCCAGCUGGUCCAGAAGAGACUCCUGGCCUUGGAGGAAGAGGAUGUAGAGGCUCCUCCUAGCUGUAGUGGAGCUCAAUCAGACUCCAGUCCUUCUGUUUCUGAUGAGGAUGAAGAUGGGGGUGGGCGGCUUCGGCCCUCCCCUGGGCCUCGGGUGGCUGGGGGCACCGUUCGCCUUGGAAAGGCUGCUUCUCCAGGAAAGCGGGUGAGCGAAGUACAUGGUGGGCAGGAGCGGUCCCUAGAUGGCCCGAGGGGGAUGCGCAGAGAUGGGAACACUGUGCCCUCCCCCAGCAGCUGGGACCUACAGCUAGAACCUACAGCUCCACAGGGAACUCAAGGGUCCUCAAAUACAGAGAAAAGAGGGGCCGGGAAGGUUGCUAAUCAAAUAUGCCCACAUCAGGAUGACCACCUGGGAGGUGCUAGGUCUCCUGGGCACCCCCUUGUGGCUGACAGAACUUCUGAAACUCUGCCCCUUCGUUGGCAGGAAGGCCUGCAGCCUGAGACAUUUCCUAGCUUGGAUGUGGGACUCAAAGAGCUCGCUCCUCUGCAAGGGCAGGGGCUAGAAAAACGGGACAGCCAGCAGCUAGGGGGUCUUGGAGUGCUUCCCCAGGGGACGGAGCCACUAGCAUUAACCCAGAAAGGUUCUUCGGUCGCCAUGUGGGGAGAUGACAAAAGUCCUCCUGUGGUUCAGGGUUACGACCAGAACCUUUCCCUUAGAGCAGCUGGUGACAGGGAAGGGGACGGAGCCUCUCUCAGUCCAGGACUUUGGCUGAGCAGUGAGCUGGAUGCCGUGGGCUUAGAGUUGCCCUUACAAAUUGGGGAAGUCAUAGAGAACUUCCACGAUGGGGAAUGUGUCACUGAGCAUCAGGGAGGCUGCCAGGCACUGGGCUCCAGAAGCAACAUUUCUCUGGGUCCUGGAAAAGCCACAGCACCUGGGGAUGGGGGGGGCAGUGCCAUCCCCUGUGGAGGCCCAGAUGGCACAGCUGCCCUGCAGAAGACAAGCUACUGCAGCCUGCCGGGACCUCUGAGGGCCGACAGCCCCUCCCUGAGGCAUCAAGAAAAUCGAGAACAGAGCCCUGAGGCUACAGGGGAUCCCAGAGAUCUGUGGGCUGAAGGUUGCUCCCCUUUGCUUGAAAGUAGUAUCUGCGCCCCCACACCGGGGAUUCCCAAAGAAACCCUUCAGCCUGCCUGUCAAGGCAAUAUCCUUGUACUGGGGACCCAGGGUAUCUCCUCCUUCCCUGAGGCCAGCCUGGAAGUGGGGAACAGGGGCCAUUCCAUCUCUCCUCUGUUGGAAACCACACAACAUGCCAACAUACUAGAUAUUAGAGAUGCCUGUGGCCUCCAGCUAGAGGUCAGUGAGGAUACCCACCCACCAAAUUUUAAUUCUUAUGACCCCCAAGGAGCAGACAGGGAGGAUACUGAUUUAUCCAAGCCUGAAGACCUUGUUCCCUUGCCAGGGAAUCAAGAGUCUUAUGCUCAUGGGAACCCCAAAUCAACAUCUCCUCACCAGGCCCUUGGAAGCACUUCCUCUAGAUGGGGAGCCAGGGAUGCCUUAACUCUGAAAGAAAGCUCUCCUGUCAGUGAAACAUGCAGCUCAACGGAUGGGGCCAAAGGGAAGGAGGAGGAGGAAGGGGAGGAUGAGGAACUCUCCAGCUUUGCCUACCUCUUGGCCUCUAAACUUAACCUGUCACCACCAAGGGGGCCUCCCUUCAGUCUUCACCCUGCCUCAGGCCUGCCCUCGACGGGAGGGCAGGGGGCCCAGAGAGCAUCCCACUCCCUCUCCGCUGAGGCAAGAGGUCUUGGCCAGUCUCCACAUCCUGUUGCCAAGUCUGGGAAGAGAACUCUCAGUGGAGGCCCUUCUCCUGCCGAAAAGAGGCCCUACCAGGGAGCUGACCUUGGCAUCUCUGGGGAGAAACCCCUGGCUCUUGGAGUGGUUCGAGCCUCACAGCCUCGUAAAAGGCGGCGUGACACUUUUGUCACUGGCCGAAGGAAGAAACGUCGGCGUAGUCAGUAG